AUGUUUUGCCGCCUCAAGUCAACCCCACCCUCCUUCUUCUCUUCCCUCAAUUGUUCUUUCCACCCUUCAACUCGUUCAUUCUCAUCUUCCUCUGCCAUCAUGUCGAACACCAAGGCUUUCUUCGAGGUCGAGUAUGCCCCUGCGGGCUCCAGCGCCCCCAAGGUCGGCCGCAUCAACUUCAACCUCUACGAGGCCGAUGUUCCCAAGACCGCUAGGAACUUCCGUGAGCUCUGCACCAAGCCCCAGGGCGAGGGAUAUAAGGGCUCUGGCUUCCACCGUAUCAUCCCCCAGUUCAUGCUCCAGGGUGGUGACUUCACCCGCCACAACGGCACCGGUGGUCGCUCCAUCUACGGCGAGAAGUUCCCUGAUGAGAACUUCAAGUACAAGCACGACCGCCCCGGUCUGCUCUCCAUGGCCAACGCCGGCCCCAACACCAACGGUUCCCAGUUCUUCAUCACUACUGUUGUGACCUCUUGGCUCGACGGAAAGCACGUCGUGUUCGGCGAGGUCGCCGACGCCGAGUCCAUGGCCGUUGUCAAGGAGAUCGAGGCCCUCGGUUCCUCCUCUGGCUCUGUCCGCUCCGCUGUCAAGCCUACCAUCGUCAACUGCGGUGAGGCUUAA